AGCGAAGGCGGCUCCGUAAAAAGCAAAGCGCGCCCGGCUCGGCUCGGCUCGGCUCAGCUCAGCUCCACAUCUGGAUGGCGCCGCUGCUGUUUCUGCCGCUGCUGCUGGGGCUCCUCUCGGCCGUGGCGCCGCUGCGCGCCGUGCAAAUCGACCGGAGCCGCUUGCAGUGGUUGGCCCGCGGGAAGGUGGAGAGCUGCGGAGGAUGACGUUUGAACCGCCUGCCAGAGGUGAAGGCCUUUAUCGACGAAGACCUGCCUUUGUACCACAACAUGGACCUGAAAUACCUGGCUGGAGCGGACCCCGAACUCAUCCUGCUCAACAUUCAGUUUGAAGAGCUUCAGAGAAUCCCAUUGAGUGAGAUGACCCGGGACGAGAUAAAUCAACUGAUACAAGAAUUGGGGUUCUACCGGAAAGAAACACCAGAUUCUCCUGUUCCCGACGCCUUCCAGAUGGCACCUGCCAAUUCGCUGCCACCGGAUGUGGAAGCCAUGAGAAGACACCGGAAGGAGAAAAAGGGGGCAGGGGGCUCAGACCUAUAGAAUUCGGUGUGCUCUGUUGGUGUUUGUUGAGGGGUGUCUCUUGGGAAGAAGGGGAAGUUUCGGGGCAUUCAAAAUAUUUAGAUAAUCUGCUUAAGAUCUUUUGAGGUUCGCUCACCGUUGAAUUGUGCUUCCAGAGAGAUUAAUAUUCAAAGAUGCAAAAGGCUGCCAAUUAAGGGGAAGAAAGUGCUCCCAUCAGGAAGAGAAACGUGCAAAAUAAAAAGACAGCCACACACCAACGCCAUCCCAGACCUGCUACAGACGGUCCUCGACUUACGACCGCAGCGGAGACUUGGAAAAACCGUGGGAAGGUUGCGAAUGGAGAAACCGUACGAACUUGAGGGACGCCGGACUCUUGUCAAGCGGCAAGCAACCAUAAAUCAUGGCGCUGGGAUGAUUACACAAGUCGGGUUUUUUUUUUCCAGCGCCACCGAAACGAACGGUCGUUAAGUCAAGGACAGCCUGUAACAGAGAGAGAACGCAGUUCUCUUUACCAAGAUUGACCAGACGAAGCCUCGAGCGAUUCUGCCCUUCCUUCUCAAGACUGGCAUUCUUGCACCAGGCAAGGUGCCACCCGCGUGGCCAGCACUCCCCCCCCUCCAGCUGUGCCUCACCUGUGUAGGACCGGAUGAAGCCUUCUGCAGAAAGCUGUUGCUGCCGAAGGUGGAUGGACACGUCCUACCAGGCUGGGGGUGCGCAGCCUGGUUGAGGGGAGCACGUCGGCGGAUCCCGACUGGUUUAGGAUAGUAACAAUAAAGUUGCCCUUCGUCCACCA